AUGCGCAUCGCGGCUCUAACCGCUAUACUCCCCGUCCUGGCGGCCGCAUCAUCGGAUGCGAACCCGGCUCAGGUCCCGCUAGGUCCUAGCCGUAAACCGCCAUCAUCUUCACAUACACAUACACACACACACACACACGGGAAACGACCUAAUGUUGUUUUUAUCCUGACGGAUGACCAGGAUGUUCAUCUUUCGUCUUUGGAUUAUAUGCCGUUAGUGAAAAAGCAUUUAUUGGAUCAGGGCACGUAUUUUAGUCAUCAUUAUGCGACGACGGCGGUUUGUUGUCCGUCGAGGGUUACUAUUUGGACGGGCAAGUUUUCGCAUAAUACGAAUGUUACGGAUGUUAGUCCGCCGUAUGGUGGAUAUCCAAAAUUCGUAUCCCAGGGGUUUAACGAUAAUUAUUUCCCUGUGUGGCUCCAGGAGGCUGGGUAUAAUACGUAUUAUACGGGGAAGCUGUUCAAUGUGCACACUAUUGAGAACUACAACUCUCCGGAGCCGGGUGGCUUCACGGGCUCGGAUUUCUUGCUUGACCCUUAUACAUAUAACUACCGGAACAGCACAUUCCAGCGAAAGGGCGAAGCACCACGUAGUUAUGAAGGUCAUUACAGCACGGAUGUCCUAGCCGAAAAAGCGUACGGGCUACUAGACGACGCUGUUGAAGCCGGGAAGCCAUUCUUCCUCGUCGCUGCGCCUAUCGCUCCUCAUGCUAAUGUGGAGAUGAAUCUCACUAGUGAUGGAAGUCAUGAUCUUAAGGACUUGCCGUUUGAGUUCACAGAGCCUGUUCCUGCGGAGCGGCAUAAACACCUUUUCCAGGAUGAGAAGGUGCCGCGAACUGCGAAUUUCAAUCCGGAUGAGCCUUCCGGCGCGAAUUGGAUCCACACUCUACCACAGCAGAACGACACCAACGUGGUUUAUAACGACCACUUCUAUCGGCAGCGUCUGCGGUCACUCCAAGCUGUCGAUGAGCUCGUCGAGGGUCUCAUCUCACGCCUAGAGGAGCACGGCAUUUUGGAUAAUACGUAUAUCGUAUACAGUAGCGACAACGGGUACCAUAUUGGACAACAUCGUCUUCAACCCGGCAAGAGCUGCGGGUACGAGGAAGACGUAAACGUGCCAUUGAUUGUGCGAGGCCCGGGUGUCGCCGCGAAUUAUACCGCUAAGGGCGUAGUGACUACGCACGCCGACCUCGCGCCGACAUUUUUCGACCUCUUGGGUAUUGCGACCCGGGAUGACUUCGACGGCGCGCCGAUCCCGGUGACGAAGGCCGAAAUCGAGGAAGUUCGUGAUGCGGGGGAGCGUCGUGAGCAUGCUGGGAUUGAGUACUGGGGAAAUGCUAUGGGGGAAGGGAUUUAUAACCGAAACCCUCGCGAUCAUAAUACGUACAAGGCCAUCCGUAUCUCGGGUCCCGGGUACAACUUGUACUACUCGGUUUGGUGCAACAACGAGCAUGAGCUCUACGACCUAACGGUCGAUCCAGGGCAACUCCACAACCUCCUUUCCUCAUCUUCUACAUCAGACGCCCCUCUCGCAGCAGGUUACCCCGCUCACAAAGUAGCCGCGCGUCUCGAUGCCCUGUUACUCGUUCUUAAGACCUGCACAAGUGAAUCGUGCCGCCGGCCCUGGGCACAACUUCACCCAGACGGUAAAGUGCAAUCUCUUGCCGAAGCGCUAGAACCACGUCAUGAUGCUUUCUAUGCAGACUGGAGUAAUGGGAUAUCGGGUGCGCAAGUUGAAUUUGCGUACUGCGCUAAUGGAUUCUUGACGGAUGCUGAGGGACCGACUUGGGAUGAUGUGUUGAGGCAACGAGAAGAGGUUGGGGAAGGGGGGGAAUACGGGUAUUUGAGUGGAGGAAGAUGGGAAGAUUGGGUGUAG